AUGAACACAACACCUAGCUCGGGAAAUUUCAGCGAGAUGUCGCCCCAGCAGUGCUUCUGCAGCCCUCGCGGCGUUUGCAGUGUCUGUGCAGCAAUGGUUCAAGGAGCGGGACAAGGCAUCGGCAUGUAUGCUGCACCCUCCGCACCCUCCGACCUACCCACCGCGGCGGGAGCAGACAUGUACUCUGGGGCGGAGUUCUUCGAUUGGGACGCCGCCAUGGCAGCUCAGUCAUACAUAGGCACCCAAACUCUAGACGGCUAUCGACCCACUCAGGGUAACUCCAGCCUUGCCCUGCAAGGGGCGCCAGAAAGUGGCUACGCGACACAGCCUCUGACUGAUAUCGACUGCCUUGCCUCUCCCUUUCGCAACCAUCUGUCUCUGCCUGUGACUCCAGCACCGCCUGGCCCGGCUAGUAGCCAGACUAUUGAAGUACCAAGGAACUUCCACACUGAAUCGUUCCCAGAGAACCUCGCUCAAGUCGAUAUGGGUGCAGGCCUCCAUGGCCAUGCUGUCAAACGCCACGAGGUGCCCAAGUCUGUUGGGAAACGAACGAUACGCGAUAUUACAGCCUACGACACAGCUGGCCAGCCUGACCACAAAACAAGAAAGCUAUUCGACGCAUCGGAGCAUCUGCAGUUCAACGGCGAGCAGACGGAGCUGCUAGAAGUUAAGCUGCAGCAGUGGCAGAAGAGGUCUCACCUCCCACUCGACAAAGAUCUCAAGAACAUCGCUGCCGCGUGUGAUCUAUCUCCUCUCAAGGUUGCCCUUUGGUUUGGUGCUAAGCUUCGACUCCAUGAAGCUCCAGCAGGACGGGUCCCGCGCGCAACGGAUCCAGCUCAACCCGCUGGUACAACGGACGUAUCUGCGAUGAUAUGGAAGUAUAUCAACGACGCCGCUAACAAAGACUGUACCCCUGGAAAGCCCGGGAAACUGGCCGGUAAAUUCCGCUGCACUUGGGGAUGCACAUAUUCGUCAGAUAGUAGAUUCGACUGGGAACGCCACGAAGAGUCGAAACAGCCACAGAACUUCUGGGCAUGUAUCAGUUGCCGCGGCUCAGACACUGGCGCCUCGUUUAUCACACACAGGCGUGACAAGCUAUUCCCGCACAUCCACUCUAUGCAUCCCACGGAAGAAAGCAACAAGGAUCAGCUCCGCGAGAAGUCGAAAGUGCAAUAUGAAGCACCCUUCAUCAGACACUGCGGCUAUACCUGUGUCUCGACCGGUCAAGUGUGUGGCCACAUCUUCAAGUCUUGGAAAGAGCGCAAUGACCACUGGAUAGCGCAUUUCAAUGAUGAUGUCGAUGGGCCUAGUGAUCAGCCUCCGUCGUCGCGCAACAGGGACGUCGGAGAUGGUGGCUCGCCCGGCGAUAGCAACAGCAACUCUUCAGAUGGCUCCUCGACAGCCACCUCUGGCGUUUCCCCGCCGACCCAACAGGGCAGCAAUAGUGGCCAGUCGAAACGACAACGAUACUCGGGAGGGCGACAAAGAGUUCAACAAGAGGCUCCGAAUGGGGUCCUGAUCAAGGCCGAACCUGCUCAGCCAUGCUCAGCGCGAAUGAGUCCUCCUACUCGUAAGGUUUGUCACCUCACCUUCAUCGACAUUCACAACCACGAACUAGUCACUCCAGACGUGACCCCCAAGUUCUUGGCGUUGGAUUGCGAUGUCGAGGCAAUGAAAGUGCUGCCACAGAAGACCUCCUUGAAACUGAAUGCUUCGACCGAACUUCGCUUACCAGCACGUGAUGGUGCUGUGGCCGUGAUGAAAGCAGCUAUCGAGAUUGCCAUGGAAAUGGGCUUCCAGUAUCUCUGGUCUGACAUGAUCAGCUCGACCGCGACAUCACAAGCCAACCGGAAAGAAAUAUAUGAAGAAGCAAUGUUGAUCACGUCCAUGGGCUUCCGCAAGGACGAGAGUCAGCCCAUCUGGCACUUCACAAGCGACUUCAAGCACUUGGAGAAAGUGCGGACCUGGUCGGAGCAGCGAAACUGGUUCCGGCACGUAGAGGCCCUCGGGCAGGGUGCUUAUGGCUUUGUCGACAAGGUCAAGCUCGAAUCGUCGGGUUCGCCGCCCGAGACCUAUGCUCGGAAGAUAGUCCUUCGAGACAGGACGAACAAGUCUCAGCGAGCGCGAUAUCUCAGAGAGAUCGAGAUCAUGCAGAGUCUCGACCAUCCGCAUGUCGCCCGCUUUAUCGCUGCUUACUGUGACAGGACUGCGUUCAACAUCCUCAUGUCGCCUGUGGCAGAUUGCGAUCUCCGACGAUUCCUCAGCACCCCUAAAGAGUUCGAAGCCAAGAUACAGUGUGUGCCGCAAUGGUUCAUGUCUCUGGCUGAAGCACUGAAGUACAUGCACAACACGGGGCUCCGGCACAAGGACAUCAAGCCAGCCAACAUUCUGAUUAGCGACAACAAGGUUCUUCUUACUGACUUUGGCACCUCUUUGCGUAACUCGAAGACCGGAGCGGCGGCGCUGACAUCGGGAGGGACCUUUUUGACGCCAAAGUACAGCGCGCCUGAAGUCGCAGCACAGAAGCUCCGGGGGCUACCUGCUGACAUUUUCUCGCUUGGCUGCGUCUUCGCCGAGAUGAUUGCGAUCGCGUGUGAAGGUUCGCUCGAACACCUUCAUGAGAGCAUCGGCUUGGCGGAUGAGGGCAGUGACAGUGAUACGAAUUACAAUCGACGCAUCCCACAACUGCAGGCUUGGCUUCGAUCGCUGGACAUGACUGACCUUAACGCCAGUCUGAAGAGGGCGAUCCUUGUCACAGUACAGAUGGUCAACAGCGACCAGACAAAGCGGCCUCUAGCCCCGGAAAUUGUCCGCCAGCUAUGCUCAAAAGAGCACCGCCAGGCAGGUGCAGCCUGCGAGUUAUGUUCCGAUCAGCAACGCCGAGCUGAUGUGCCCACGGCGGCAUGCCACUGCUGCUCUACAUCGUUGGGAAUAUGCCAUGGCAGCUUACCCCACGACUACAUUGUCCUCGACAGGCUGCUGUCCCUUCGCUUCGAUGGCUCCAACCUACAAAAGCUCGCGCUACAGGAGAAAAUCGUGUUCGAUCUGCAGAUCAAUGCAGACGUCGGCAAUGGUGGAAGCCAGAGCAAGCUGAAUCUGUUCAAGCAGCACUUUCAACAAGCUCUUCAGGACCAAGCAUACGUUGAUCGCAACGAUGACUACACCGACGACAAACCGUCAGUAAAGACUGACCGACCGCCGCUCAGGCAGGGUUCGAGCGAGUCUUAUAGGGCAUAUCAGAAACGCGUGGCGGACGCUUAUGCCAUGUCGUUGGAUCGCCCAGACACAAAUCGAGCGAAUCAAGUCACUGCGAACACUAUCCGAGGCAUUCCGAGAUUUGAGGAGGUCGAUGAUGAAUGA